CGGAGCGGCGGCCGCGCCAUGUGGCUGCUGGGGCCGCUGUGCCUGCUGCUGAGCAGCGCCGCGGAGAGCCAGCUGCUCCCCGGGAACAACUUCACCAACGAGUGCAACAUCCCAGGCAACUUCAUGUGCGGCAACGGGCGGUGCAUCCCCGGCGCCUGGCAGUGCGAUGGGCUGCCUGACUGCUUCGACAAGAGUGACGAGAAGGAGUGCCCCAAGGCUAAGUCGAAAUGCGGCCCGACGUUCUUCCCCUGUGCCAGCGGUGUCCACUGCAUCAUCGGCCGCUUCCGGUGUAACGGGUUUGAGGAUUGUCCGGACGGGAGCGACGAGGAGAACUGCACAGCAAACCCUCUGCUUUGCUCCACCGCCCGCUACCACUGCAAGAACGGCCUCUGCAUUGACAAGAGCUUCAUCUGUGACGGGCAGAACAACUGUCAGGACAACAGCGAUGAGGAAAGCUGUGAAAGUUCUCAAGAGCCAGGCAGCGGGCAGGUGUUUGUGACUUCGGACAACCAGCUGGUGUACUACCCAAGCAUCACCUACGCCAUCGUCGGCAGCUCUGUCGUCUUCGUGCUGGUGGUGGCCCUGCUGGCGCUGGUCCUGCACCACCAGCGGAAGCGGAACCACCUGGUGACGCUGCCGGUGCACCGGCUGCAGCACCCUGUGCUGCUCUCCCGCCUGGUGGUCCUGGACCACCCCCGCCACUGCAGUGUCACCUACAACGUCAACAACGGUGUCCAGUAUGUGGCCAGCCAGGCGGAGCAGAACGCCUCGGAAGUGGGCUCCCCGCCCUCCUACUCAGAGGCCCUGCUGGACCAAAGGCCCGCGUGGUACGACCUGCCUCCGCCCCCCUACUCUUCCGACACGGAGUCUCUGAACCAGGCCGACCUGCCGCCUUACCGCUCCCGGUCCGGGAGCGCCAACAGCGCCAGCUCCCAGGCCGCCAGCAGCCUCCUGAGCGUGGAGGAUACCGGCCACAGCCCGGGGCAGCCUGGCGCUCAGGAGGGCACUGCUGAGCCCAGGGACUCCGUGCCCAGCCAGGGCUCUGAGGAAGUAUAAAAUCCAGUUAUUCCAAAGUCCAUAUGGGUUAAUCUGCUCUGACUUGUUACCAUCCUAACAACGUGCGCUCAUGGGAAGCUCCUCAGGGUGCCUCGAGGAGUGGUUUGGGGUGUCAGCUGUCUCUCCAUCCCCUCUCCCCCCAGAUUUCAGGGAUGUUCUUCGGAGGGCGACCUGGCAUUUUUCUGGCCUCUCAGUGGACAUGAUGUACUGUGCAUCUUUUCUUCGGGGCCUAGGAUCACAGCUUCACUCUUCAUGUCAUUCUUCUGUUACUGGAAUCUUGCUGAAUAGAUGGCAUAAAUUGCAGGCAGCAGGAUGGAGCAGUAUUUAAGUAGUUCUUGAGAAAGCGUUGUUUUUGUGUCAUGCUGCAUGUUCAGAGGGUGAAGACACUGGACCAGAUUCUCUGUGGGCUGCCACCUGAUAGCUCCAUUUGGGGAUUUGGGGUGGAGGAUGCUACCAGGAGGCUGUCACUGGAUGGCCACCAGAAUCCAGGUGGGCCCUGGAGGCUGCCCUGCGCUCUCCUGUCCGCGCUCUCAGUUCAGCGGAGGCAGUGGCUACAGAAGACUUCAACCUGAGGGACGCUCUUCAGUCAUCAGCAGCGUCAUUUUGGUUUUGUGAAUGACUCUGAAACUGUCUACUCUGGGUAGAUUCUGGCUUUAAAAAUUUGCCCGAAAAUCCUCAUUUUGAGAGCGUUCUCGGCCAUGUAUGUCAUCAGCCUCAUCCCAGAAUAGUCAGGGGGCCCUGCAGUGAGUUUAUCCAAGUUCUCAGCUCCUAAAAUGCAGGCUGCCAAGAGCCUGGGCCUGCUUUGGCCCACAAUCCCUUUGGUCCCUGGCUUCUGGAUUGUCACCCUCCCAGCUGUGACCUGCCUGUAGCCAAAGGGUGAGGACACAACUUGAGUUGGCCAAAAAUCUGAUGUGGCCCUUUGUCCUGGGAAGCCACACCCAGCCUGCCUCGCACAGUCGUGCAGCUUCAGCACUAGCCUCCUGAGUGCCCCUAACGCUCGCAAGUCCUUUCAGCCGUGCAUCUGAGCUUGAGGAUGCUGUGGUUUCUCACACAGGUGAGAACCAUAUUCAGUGCCUCCCAGCGGAGCUCCUCCCACCAGGGCCCAAAUACCGGUGCCCCAAUUUAGGGUUAGGGCCAGGCCCCUCCUAACAUCUCGUAGUUUCUCCUCUGAGGCAUGGACAAUAGACAGUUUGGAGUCGAGAUUUGCCGUUCAGACUUUUAAAAAAAAAUCUCUUAGAAAUGCAUUUGAAGCAGUGUGUUUGUUUUUUCCCUUCUAGUUAAGGGACUAUUUAUAUGUGUAUAAGAAAGCUGUCUUUUUCGUUGGUUUGUUUUCCAUUAGUGAGGUCCAAAGAAAGAUGCAAAAGGAGGUGACCCCUUUGUCCUGCGGAGCCCUGAUGACAAGUCACUCCAGACUGACCUGUGUGCCGGGCGUUCGUGCGUUGUUGCACUUUGAGUUAUUAUUUAUCAGGUUCUUGAAGGAAGCAGAAAGAGGGAUGUCUUUGCUCCCUCGGUUCAUAAUCUCUGUUGUGCUAGCUUUCCUCUUUCUCUGUGCCCAGCCAGCCACACCCCCUGGGGAAAUACCAGCUAGAAACGUGGUCGUUAUUUGGCAAAAAACCACACGGGGGACAAAACUGGAAGCUGGUGGGGCCACUGGUGGCGGCUCCCCCUCAGGGCUUCUUUCCACAGCAAAGAAAGGUUCAGUGUCCUCUUUGAUGCUGAUUCAAAUGGAGACUGCAGGAGGGGCAUGAAGUGGCAUUCAGUGAGCCUGUUCUGUAGACUUCUGUUUUUUUAACCAAAAUCCAAAGUAUGUAACAGGAAAGCUAGCCACUUGGUGAUUUUUUUUUAAGGAAACUAGUUGCUUGCAUCUUUCAUUUUUAAAAUAACACUUGAGUUAUUUUCUGAGUAAUCCAAUAAAGAAAGAACUUUUGAUGGCCGCCAGAGCGCGUUAGGAACUCUGGCUGAGCAUUUCAUCUCCUGUGAGUCAGAGCAGCUUUAUUCCCCCUUUGAUGGGCCCCUACUUCUUCCUGGUGCUCUGGAAGUUGUUUAGAGGAAAGGAUUCUAACUUGAAUUAAUCGUGCAGUGAAUUAGUCUCACGCGCUUUUCUGCUUCCAGGCAUUUUAGGAAAAACAAAUGGUCUUGGUAGAUAAGGGGAGAUGAUUAGUGUUGUUUUUUAAAACAAAGGGACAUUUUUAUUAUAGAUUUGAUUUUUUUAAUGGAUGUUUUUAGAAAUAUAUAAAUAGGACACCAAAACUGCAGGGUUUUUUGGGUUUUUUUCCCCCACUCGAGAUAGCAAAUAAGUGGCUGGUAAUAAACGCAUUCCAACCAGCAUAUUUUUUUAUUCAUCGCCUAAAUCUAUGCGAACCAGAAGAACCAUCUCUACUGUCUUUUCUCAAAUGAGAUCAGCAAGUCCUUUUUAUUUUAACAUUAAAAUCAUUCCACUGUGAUGGAUAGCCUGACUCAAUACCCUAGACUUGGAAAUUGACAUCUAAAAAAAAACGCAACUAAGUGGUUAAUAGUGUGUGAUGUUCAGAGUUGAUGCAAACUGGAAAGGUUGUGUGUGGUUGCUCUUUGCUUUUUGGUUAGGUUUUGGUUGUUUUGUUCUGUUUUUUAAUUUUAUACUUUCAAAUAAACUUGCAGUUUUCACUCUU